GCCCUGCGGGGAGGACGCGAGGCCGCGGCCGUCUAUAAAAGGCCCCCGGGCCGGGAGGGAGGGAGGCAGGGGAGCAGCGCGGCGCGACCGGCGGCACCAUGGCCCAGUCCGUGUGGGGCUACGACAGCCACAACGGACCCGAGCGCUGGCACGAAAACUACCCGCUGGCCAAGGGCGACAAGCAGUCGCCCAUUGAGAUCAACAGCAAGGACGUGCAGCACGACUCCUCUCUCGCCUCCUGGCACGCCAGCUAUGACCCCGGGGCAGCGAAAACCAUCCUGAACAACGGGCGCACCUGCCGCGUCGUCUUCGACGACACUUUUGAUCGAUCAGUGCUCAGAGGGGGCCCGCUCACCGGCGUUUACCGCCUGCGCCAGCUGCACCUGCACUGGGGCUCCUCCGACCACCACGGCUCCGAGCACAUCAUCGACGGCGUGAAGUAUGCCGCAGAGUUACACAUGGUGCACUGGAAUCCAAAACACGGUAAUUUUGCUGGAGCUUUAAAACAACCUGAUGGUGUAGCUGUUGUGGGCAUUUUUCUGAAAGUUGGAAACACUCCCAAACCAGAGAUGAAGAGAAUUCUUGAAGAAAUUGAAAACAUUAAGACCAAGGGAAAGGAGGCUCCUUUUCUGCACUUCGAUCCUUCAGUUCUUUUCCCCAAAUCUCGGGACUACUGGACCUACCAGGGGUCGUUCACCACACCCCCCUGUGAGGAGUGCAUCACUUGGAUCCUCCUGAGGGAGCCGAUUGAAGUCAGCUCAGACCAGAUGGCAAAGCUCCGUAGCCUUUCCAAGAAUGAUGAGAAUGAACCCGUGAGCCCUCUUGUCGACAACUGGCGCCCACCACAGCCUCUGAAGGGCAGGAUAGUGAGAGCCUCAUUCAAGUGAAAUCUCAAGUCUCACUCCGCUGAACCUGAGUGAGAAAAUCCCUACAUCACAAAAGUGUAGUUAGUUUUUGCUGUCUACUGCUUUUCCUCUGGAUCCAGGUCUGUGUUUUCUCAGUUUGAAAUUCUGAGUGGUAAAAGUGAAUCUGUUUUUAAAGGCAGAAAAAUACUAUAUGCAAAAUACAAGCACAAUGAGCAAAUGUGAGGAGUAAUGAUUCUUGACCACAAAUGCCUCAGCAUUUAUGGUCAUUUCUCUGCCUCGUGGUCUUGUAAGAAAAAUAGGCUCAGUUUCAGUAUUCAAAAUUAAUUUCAAAAGAAAUAUACUAAGGCAAAAAAAAAAAAAAAGAACCAGUAGUUCAGGAAAGCAGAAGUAACAGUAGACGAACAGGAGGGAAAUGCCUGUCUAGAUACUGUGAUCUUGCUCAGACACAGCACCCUCAGUGGAGACAUCCAAAGAAUAAGUACCCCUUUAACACACCAGAUUUUCCCUUCCCUGUCUCGUUCAUAGCUUUUUAUCCAGGAUUAGAUUAGUAUUCUGAGGGUAAAAUCAGGCAUACUCAGUUUCUGUGUGAAGAAGAAAAGAGACAUUGCUGUCAUUUCAGCAUUUGCUGUCUUUGCCAUGUCCUGCUGCUGCUGCCGUUGAUAAUUUCUUCUUUCACUGCUGCUGUUACUUCACCCAUCCAGUGCAGAGUCCUGCUGAUAUCUGAUAUCAUAUUGCUUUGUAUUUAGCAUACCAGCUUUAAUUCUGCUGAGGGGGAAGUGCCUUUCUUUUGCUGCUCUAUGUUAUCUCCUCGAAUGAUGGAUUUUUGAUGCUCUGCCUGCUUUUUAUAUUUGACACCUUGAUGGUUUCACCUGCUAGGGAUUUUUUGUGUAUGGAAAGUACCUUUCCGGAUGAUUCACAUGUGUCAUUUGUCAUCCCCACUACUGAAAAAUCCAGGUCAAGUCACCUAUGUGUUUGUUUAUUUGACUCUGUAGCUGGAGAAUAUAAGUGGAUUCUGUUUGGUUCAGUUCUUUCUGGGGAGACACAUCAGCUUUCAAAUAUGAUCCAAGCAAGGAAUCACUGGCAGACAGAAACAUGUAAAUCAACUUCCCCUGUCCUUCAUCAUGUGAACUUUAUCAUUUCAGUGUACAAGUACCAUCUAGGUUGAACCCACAUACCGAUCAUGUGAAUAAAGAUCUACAUUAUAUUCACCCAGGGGAUUAUUCACUCUUGGACAUACAGGAGAUUGGAUGGUCAAAGGUGGUGCAUAAAUCCCACUGCACAGGAAGCCUCUGGGUUCUCUGUAUUCCUGGAACUCACCAGUAGGUAGCAGUGGGUAUUCUGGAGAUCUUGCCACAAACAUGUUCACAGCAGCAUUUAUAAGGGAUAUAUCAAAGUCUGAAAAAAACAGGGCUACAAAUGGCUGAAAUGGGCAUUUACCAGUUUUCCUUAAUUAUUUCACUUUCCACCUUUACUAGAAAAAUGGUACUCCAACAGGGAAGUAAUGAAUGAGCAACACUGGACAAAUUCUGCUGCUAUUACCAGCACAAUUCAGUGAGAAUUCAGAAAUAAAACUGAGGGCAGAUUUUGAUCCUUUUUAUUCAUUUAGAAUUGUUCUAAGGAUUGCUGAAUUCCCAUUGAAAGUUAGUAUUUUAGUUUAUUAGGAAUGUGUUUUGCUUAGUAUAAAGCAGUUUCUUUUUAAAAACUAAGUUCAUGUGAGUAGAAGCUAAAGUAUUGAUUGAAUUAUGUUUACAAAUGUUUUGGCACUGGCUUAAUUUUAUCAGAAGAUCAGCUUUUUGAUAUUAUGAGUGCAGCACUUGCAAGGGUAUUGAUUUUAGGAGUCCCUUAGAUCUUCUUUAAACUCCUGAAUCUGUAAAUCUUCUCAGCACAUAAAAAUGUUACUACAGAAAGCUCAUAAGCAACAAUUUUUUUUCUACUGUACUAUGUCUUACAUGUAAAAUUUCUUCUCAUAUCCAUAUGCAGUUGAUCUUGGUGAUGAGAAAAUUUUAACACAAGUAACUGAGACAUGGGUUUGAGUCUUUCGACCUAAAAGCAAUCAACUGUGAUGUUUUAAUCUCUUGUUAUUGAGGCAAUAAAACAAGAUUAGUUGUCUGCACUUGAAAUAACUGCUUUUAUGUCUUCAGAGAAUCAAUAAAUUUACUUACAUAAAAAUAAAUUGAUUGCUGUUUUUAUGCUAAGUGAUGACUGAAAGCAGUGAGAACUUAAAAAACCUUGCUGCUCCUUUCUUUGAUACAUAUGCUUGUAAUACAAGAGGGACAGACAUUUGAGUACUUUUUAGCUGUUGGAGUUUAGUACAAGCAGCACGUCAAUCAGUUAGCUGAAAUGUUACAUAAUUAUGAAAAUUCCUGGUUAGUUUAUACUUUUCAAGCACACAUAUUUGUUAAAGAAGAGUUGCAAAUCAGUCAGUGAGUGUACUUUGCUUGGUUUGCAUGUUUCCUCUACUGCUUUUGAAAGGUAGAAUAGGCAGAAGUUUAUGAACUACUGAAAUAGUUGUUUUGGUUCCAACAAGUAACAUUUGGUUUGUAUGUUGGCAAAAAGGAAGAUACAGUCUGAAAUUUAUAUUGCUUCUUCAUGCAUCUCCUCUGAUUCCAUUUUGUCUUUGAACUAUUAUUACACAAAAGCAUCACCCUCACUACAAAUACGCUUUAAAGUGUUUUUCCCUUGAAGAACAAAGUGCACACAGUUUUGUUCCAUU